CCCAAGACGGCGAGAGCGCUUAUGCAUAUAUUUAAAUAAUUUGGUGGGCGGUGGUGGUGGGAGAUCUUCAGUUUAUAGUUAACACAAAUGCACAAUUCUUUCUGCCGGCUCUUUUCUUUACACUUUUGAAUCAACAACAGUCACAGAGUCAACUGCUACAAUUAACACAGCAUAAGCGGCCGCGGAUUUUUGUUUCUAAAGAGCAAAUAUGCAUUAAAAGGAGGUGAAUGUGAGAAAAGGGAGUAGCAACAAGAUGAUCUUCUUCUUUCCAAACGAAGUGGUGGCACAAAUAUUGCGAAAUUUGCCACCAAAUUCUAUUUUACGGUUGAAACUAGUUUGCAAACAAUGGAAGUUACUUAUCGAAUCCCGUUACUUUGUGGAAUACUAUCACAAACAUCCCGAAGAUGAAGAAACCACCAACAACCGACUUUUUUGUUUGACAAAGAGUAAUGAUAUCUACGAAAUAGACCUUGAAAAGCUUGAUUUUAGGUCUUUCGAUGGUAUGAGAUUUCCUGAGACGGCAAUGCAUAAGUGUUUAUCGCCUAAGCAUAUGUUUGGGUCUACUUCAAGAAAUUUCGAUUUAAUUGGUUCUUGUAAUGGUGUCCAUUGCAUCAAAGACAAACAGGGUAAUGUGUAUCUGUACAACCCAUCAACAGAAGCGCAUCAAAGAAUCCCAAACCCACCCUUUUACACUCAAUGUGUCAAAAACCCAUGGAAAAGAUCUCCAUGUAGAGUGUAUGGCUUUGGCUAUGACUAUAGAACGUACGAUUACAAGCUUGUAUGGAUCACUUGGUUUUACCCUACACAAGUUGAGGUUUAUAGUUUCAAAACAAAUUCGUGGAAGACCCUCGGAUUUUGCCCUUACAAUAAAAGAAGUUUAUCUGUAAUUAAUCCUCCUUGGCUUGGGGGAAAUCAUGGCGUAUAUGUUAGCAACUCAUUACAUUGGCUUGGUGAAGAAGGAAGGAUUGUAUGUUUCGAUCUAUUUUCAGAGAAAUUCACCAUGUUUCCAUAUUUUGAUAAACUUGAAAUGACUUUUGCGUUUUUGGACGUCUUAAACGGAUGCUUGAGUGCUUGUUGUACGAAUGGCGGCUCAACUAAUAUAGAUAUAUGGGUUAUGGAAAAGUACGGUUUACACGGGUCUUGGACUAAAUUGUUAACUGUUGACGCAGUUGACGCUAGUGCUCUGGAUAUAAAGCUAAUCACUCUCUCAAAGGAUGGAUGCGCUUUGUUGUUGGCUAAGCUCAAUCGUUGGUCGUUCAAUCAGUGCACUAGUAUUUGUUGGUAUGAUAUUCAUACGAGCAAAAUGAUGUGUGAAGUGAAAAUGGAAAUUAGAACAGAGGUGAAUCGUUUGGCCACUUCAUCGCAGAACAAAUUAACUCUUACACUCCAGAAACUUAAUAAGGAGAAGAAAACUUAGAAAAAAGGGUAAAGUACUGUAAGGCUUUAUUUUAUUGCCUUAUUUUUAUUAUAUUUUGGGGAGAAUUGGUGAUUGUUUAUGUAGUAUUUGUGGCUUGUUACUAUUAUUAAAGAAUUUGGAUUUUUCUUGAUA